AUGUGCUCCUCAAUAAAAAUCACAGCCACCACUGGCACACCUAUGCAAAACCCAACUCAAUAUCGCAGCAUCAUAGGUGCUUUACAAUACUUAACAAUGACCAGGCCUGAUAUAUCCUUUGCAGUAAAUCGGUUAAGUCAAUAUAUGCAACAGCCCUCAUCUGAACAUUGGGCAGCCUGCAAACGCAUUUUGCGAUAUCUGUCUGAUAUUCAAGGGUUUACUGAUGCCGAUUGGGCUGGCUGUCAUGAUGACAGAAAAUGGACUUCUGGCUAUUGCAUAUUCCUUGGGGUAAACUUGAUCAACUGGUGUUCAAAGAAGCAAACAGUCGUUGCUAGAUCAAGCACAGAAUCGGAGUAUCGUGCCUUAGCUUUAGCCACUUCAGAAAUAAUCUAG